AGCUCCUCCCUGCAAUCUGCCUUUUCUGUGUCUUCCAGCACUUUAACAUUCAGUUCUACAUCAUUAGCAGCCACUCCUGACUGGAUAAAAGAAACUGGCCUGGAUUUGAAGUAGCAGUCCUGAUUUGUGGGGCCAGCUCUAUGCGAUCAGUGGUUUCCAGGGCCCCAUGGACUCCUCCUCCACCUCUGAGGAUAGCCUUCUGAAGAAGCCCAAAGAGAUGCAGUCACAACGCAGUGCAGCCUCAACAACAGCUGUUGUCCCAGUAUUGCCAGAAUAUCACCUCACACCUGUCCUCCCUCAAAAAGGAAGUGAAAGAAAAGAAAAGGAGAUCUGAGGACUUCCUGGAGAAAUGAAAUCCAGAGACCAUGUUAAGAACUUGAGAGUCUCCAUUUUAAUCCAUUCAGAACCUCUCCCCUUCUCAAGUGUAUACCCAGAAGCCAUGUAUGGCAACACACUAAGAAAGGAAGAGAGUGUCCCAUGCAAGACUUGGCAUUCUCUCCCUCCUGAGCCUGCAAAGCAGAGUGCGCUCAGCACUGAAGAAUAUGAUAACUACAGCGAAGAAAAUAACUAUGAUAGUAUCUCAGUUUCUUGUGAACAGAAGGCACCAGCUAAGCCAUUGGAUCCUGAUAUUAAGCCUGUUACAGCUCCAUCCAUCUCCUCUCCAGCCCAAUGGAAAAAGUACUGGAAAAGAAACCGAAUCGAUGUACUCUUGAUCCUCACUGGUAUCUCUCUCCUCCUUGGUGUCCUCCUCCUCUCAAAACUCAGGUCGCUAAAUUUCAGCUCCACAAAAGAAGGCUGUGGUGCUUCCACAGCACCAUUCAAUUUCACAGAACUAAAGACCAAUUUUCUAACCAAACUCAGAAGCUUAGAACAACGUUUUGAUGAGAAGAGAACAGCCAGUCUCCAAAAAGUGGAAGAACAACUAUUCAGAAUAGAAAGAAAAUUAGAUGGGCUACAAAAUGAAAGAGAUACUUGCUGGCGGAGAUUUCAGACAAAUAGCUACUACUUCUGUCACACUGCAGAAAAAUGGGAGAUGGCAAGAAAAAAAUGUGCUGAUGUUGACUCCCACCUGCUCAUUAUUAACAGCAAGAAAGAGCAGGAUUUUGUGAUUCAGAACAUAGAAUACUCCAUCUGGCUUGGCUUAAAUGAUGCAGAGGAAGAGGGAACCUGGCGCUGGGUUGACGGAUCACCACUGGAAAAGGGGUUCUGGAGACAAGGUGAACCCAGUGAUAGUGGGACAACUGGUGAAGAUUGUGCUGUCUUAUAUAAAGAGGGAAACUGGAAUGACAUUCACUGUGAUACAAAAGCUAGCUUUGUUUGUGAGAAGGAACAGGUCUAUGUACACUGA